AAAGAGAUUGACUUAGGAUCUAUAUAGCUGGUUGGGUCCCUAUUGCAACGCAUACUCUUCGGCGCCUAUACGUGCAAGGAAGAAAAACGCCCUGGCGCCAGAGUAUUUCUUGUUUAACUCAUAUAUGCACCUUAUACAGUAACGUUAGCCAUGAAGUUCUCAGUGCUCGUCAUCAUCUCGACCGUCUGGGUGAGAACGCUCGCUGCUCCAUCGCCAAAUAGCGGCUAUGGCGAUGGCGACGAUCACUAUCACUGCCAUCAUAAGAACGAAGGUAGCGAUGAUGGUAAGCACUGCAAUAUGCACACCCGUCACGCAAGACCUGUUCGAGGAGAAACAUUGCAUGGAACUCCCUCCCCGCCUUCGCCACUGACGCCUCAGCCCGACGACGAUCGCCCCGGCCCGUCCCGACCCAACCCUAGUGGACCUCUUCUUCCCUCAUCACCCGCGAUCAACGUUGUUCCAAUGGGUGGCAGUAAGAAGGGGACCGACACUACCAUUCCACUUGCCAAGAGACAAUCAUGCGGCGGUGAAAGCAUCGUUUUCGGCACCAGCACCGUCUUCCAUAGUGAUACUGCGACAGGGUCAAAGCCGGGCUCUGCUUCCGAACCCAGCGGUGCCAAAUCUGGCAAAGUCAUUUUCUCCACUAGUAAUUGGAUCGCCGCAAUCUCUGUCGAUGGUGGAGCCACGUUCAACACCAUAGAUCCAACCGUCUACGCAGGACCCGCGAAUCCCGCUACCGAUGCAGGAUUUUGCUGCGACCAAGUUGUACAGUACAUCCCGUCAAUUGACCGUUUCGUUUGGCUUAUGCAGUAUGUCGCGACGAACGACACUAAGAACGUCAACAAGCUUCGGCUGAUAACGUUCCGCCCCGACGACGUGGUUGCUACAGGUAUACAAUCAUAUAUUUAUACGGAUAUACUUUCAUCAGGCGGCUGGCUUGACUAUGGAGAACUCGGUGUCGGUAACACCCAACUCUAUAUCAGCGCCACUCUCUACGGACCAACAUCUGGCCUUAUGGUCUUCCGGGUUCCCAUUUCGGCCCUCAACGUGGUCGGUUCCUAUACUUAUUGGCAAACAAAUGCGAAUGACGGGGCAGUCGCUCAAGGUUCCCGUCUUGCCCAGAAUCCCGGUGCCGAUGCCUUCUGGGCUGGACACUCUGAUCUGGGAAAAGCCAUCCGUGUUUUUAAGUGGUCGGAAUCGUCAACAAGCUACGCCUGGAACGACGUCUCGAUCGAUCAUUGGCCCACAGACAUCUCCAAGUUCGUCUCCGCGUGUCCAGCGGACACAACGAAAAAUUGGCUCUUUAGCAAUUCGGCCAACAACAUUAUCGGUGCCACACGACGCCGCACCAACGAAGUCUGGUUCGCUUGGAACGCAGGCUCCGGGGGCGGAUUCGCCAACCCUCACGUCCAAAUUUUGCAAGUAGACGUGGGGAGCUUUCCGAGCCUUCCCAAACCUAAACAGUGGCAGAUCUGGAACCCCAGUUUCGCCUUCGCGUUCCCGAAUUUCUACACUAGUCGGGAAUGUGGUGAUGUCGGACUCGCUAUUGCGUUCGGCGGCGGGACCUUGAAUCCGAGCGGUGCUCUGGGUGUUGUCACUUCGGAGGGAAUCCUGAUGCAAACUGUGUAUUAUCCUGAACUGAGCAAUACUUGUGAGGAGCGAUUUGGAGAUUAUUUGGGAGUUAGGUCAGAGAAUGGAGUGAAUUAUGAGGGGUUUAUCUAUGCGUUAGAGAGUACGCCAAGCGGGCCCCCUCUGAGGAGUCCGAGAUAUGUUGAGUUCGGGAGAGUGUAGGAGAAAUGUUUUGUUGUUGCCUAAAACGAGUUUGGUA